UCGUCGCAUUGGCCGAAUGCCAAUACGAACAAGAAGAAGCAGCGCUUAAGUAAAUUAGUUGAUUAAGCGAAAAUUGAAGACAAUGUUUUGCAUUUUAAUAAAAUAAAAAACAUUUAGCAUAAUAUUUGCACCGACAAUCCAAUGAACAAACACAUCUGCAAACGAUGGGCGUUCGAUUUGAGCACGUGGACGCCCACGCUGCCGCAGCUGACGCAUGCAGUUGCUGCCAUACAGGCCGAGGAGCGAACGCGUUUAAUGAAAUUUCAUUUUAUCGAUGAUUUUCUGUCCUCGUUAAUUGGUCGCCUAUUAAUGCGGAAAUUUGUGAGCACGUGCAGCAACGAGCCGUAUCAUCAAGUGCAAUUCGCCCGAGACGUGCGCGGCAAACCCUACUGGGUCCAGGCACAGCAAUUGAAGACCAGCACACAGCUCAGCUUUAAUGUGUCGCACCAGGGCAAACUGGUGCUGCUGGCGGGCAUCAAGGGUAGCAAAGAUGACCCCGAGUUCGGCAUUGGCACGGAUGUCAUGAAAAUCGAGUACAAUGGCGGCAAAUCUCUGUCGGAGUUCUUUCGCCUCAUGCAGAGCAAAUUCUCACCCCAGGAGUGGAGCUACAUUGGCAGACCGCAGCACAACGAGCGCGCACAGCUCAAGGCAUUUAUGCGCCACUGGUGUCUCAAGGAGGCCUAUGUCAAGGAGCUGGGCGUGGGCAUAACUGUUGAUCUGCAGAAGAUUAGCUUUGCCAUGGACACAACGCAUCCAUUGGAGGAGGCCGCCUCGCCGCUGUGUGGCACGACGCUCUGCUGCAACGGCACGCCUAUGAGCCAAUGGCAUUUUGAGGAGCAUUUACUAACGCCCAAAUAUUGUGCUGCCAUCGCAUUUCGCAACUGUCUGCCGCUUGAGCAUGCUAAGUUUGAGUUUUUGCGUUUCGAGGAUCUAAUCGAGCGCAGUGCAGCCGCCGAACAGCCGGAUGUGGUGGCCUACUGCCAGAAGGCGCUACUCAAACCGCAAAAACGCCACCAAUAGACGAACGAAAUAUACAAAAUAUUAGCAUAGUUUAUGAUUCAGAAAUAAAUGUAACUAUAAUUUUA